GUAACCGGCUGCUCCUCCGGCAUAGGUCGCUCCCUGGCAAUCCUCCUGUCCUCCAAGCCCAAUCAACGCAUAAUAGCAACAGCCCGCAACCCCUCAUCCCUCUCGUACCUCCCCUCCACCCCCAACAUCCUCAAAUUAGCACUAGACGUGACUUCCCCAUCGUCCGUCGACACAGCAUUCACGGCUGCAGCGCAGUACUUCGGGGAGGGCUUCCAUUUAGACGUUGUCGUAAAUAAUGCUGGCUACUCACUAUCUGGUGAUACCGAAUCCGCAACCGAGGAAGAAACGCAUUUAGAAAUGGAAACGUUGUUCUUCGGGACUGCACGGAUUACCACGCGUGCGUUGCCGCUUAUGCGCCAAGAAACUGGUGGGAGGAAGGGAGGUGUGAUUUUUAACAUUUCGAGUCUGGCGGGUUUAUGUGGGUUUCCGGGACAUGCAUAUUACCACGCGGGGAAGUUUGCGGUGGAGGGGUGGUCGGAGUCUGUGGCGAGGGAGAUCCACCCUGAUUGGAAUGUCAAUAUUUGUAUUGUCGAACCAAGCGGCGUGAAGACCAACUUCGAUGGCCACUCCAAAGCACGUAUACAGGCUCAUCCUGACUACGCCGGUGAGGACAUGCCUUCCCGGAAGCUUGAGAAGUAUGUGAACAUGGGGAUCAAGUCUGGGAUUGGUAUGAUGGAGCCGAGUGCUGUGGCGGAGACGUUGUGGAAUGUUGCUAGCCGUGGAGAGAGAGUGCCGUUGAGAUUGCCGUUGGGCGCAACGUGUUGGAAGAUGGCAAAGGCACGAUGUGAGGGUUUUAUUCAGGAACUUGAGGUGGUUAAGGGUGUGAGUACUUUUGGGGAGGGUGUUUAA